AUGAAGCCCCCAAGACAGCUGAACACGCUUUCUGCGUCUCCAAGGCAUGACAGCUACAUCGGCGAGCUUGGAGAUCAGAUCGAUCUGCAACAUAGCAAAAGUCUUUAUCGCCGGAAGGUGUGGAAUCGGACAGACAUCUGGAUACCAACUAAAGACUGUAGCGACGUACUAUUACAUCACGGCUUUACGUGGACUUCGUGGAUUCAUUUCGCUAUUCAUCUGCAAACAUUCGAGUCCGAGCACGAAACUGCUUGGAUGAAUGGGAAAUUUCUUGAUGGCGAUUAUCUCUGGCUUGCUAUAUACUUUGGCUUCAUCGCGAUGAGUCUCAUGUUUAUGGAUGAACAUGAAGCAAAAAGAGCCGGCUUACCUCUAGAAAAUACGUCAGAGCUUGUACAGAACUGGUACGAUGCUGCACUGUUCUUCCUCAACGAAGCGGAUUUCAUGCGGAAUCCUGACUUCAAGACAGUACAAGUCAUUGCAAUACUUCUCGGCCUGGCCAGGAAUGUCGGAGAUUUUGACCUUGUACCAGUUCUUCAAGCAACGGGGAUAAGGAUAGGCCAAAUUUUGGGGAUGGAUACUGAGCCUCCUUCGGUAUCCGAUGACCCUGUUGUCCAAGAAACCAGUCGGCGAGUCUGGUGGACCUUGGUAAUCUGCGAAUGGCUCUCUAUACCAGCGCGUCCACAUUGUAUUCGCGAAACAGAUUUUCGCGUCAGACUGCCAUUGGUUCUAUCGGAUGAAGAAUUAAUCACGCCAUUAAUUGACGAUCCGGAUAUGGCAGUCCGUAAACCUCGUCCGAUUGAUUAUCACCAUGCUAUGAUUCUCUUAGCAAAAUCUAACCAUCGAUUUGAAGUUCAAAUGGCCGCCAUUGAACAUAUCAGCGGCGAGAAUAAAAUCGAAGACUUCGUUCGGACAACGGACGAAGCCCUAGCCAACAUUAUCUCACAGCUGCCAUCUCAUCUUUUGGAAACACCUGCACAUUAUCCACCCUGGGUACUAUGGCAGCAAACCAGCCUAUCUCUAUCGCUAUUGUUCUACCGAAUGAAGGUCAAUGGGGUCCUACAACACCGAUGGGCAUCUUCUUCCGAUGUCUCGCUAGCCAGGUCAAAAGCAAUUUGUUUGGAUUCAGCCAAUGCGACUGUAUCAAUGGUCAAGCGACACAAAGUCGCGUUAGCACGCCAUCGCCCGUGGCCAACUACCUCUGCCCUGUUUUCUGCUGCCUUGACCAUCGCUACCGAGGCAAAACGUCUUGACACGCAGGCAGCUGAGGAACAUAUUGACAGACUUCAAACUUGUUUCUCGUUCUUCGAGUACAUCAAAGAUCAUAGCGCGCUUGCUAGCCAACUGCUGGGUGAAUUGAGGAUAUUCUGUGCCGGUCUAUGCUGUUAUGAUGACUCUGGAAUAUUAGAUAAAUAG